UCCACCCAGGCCCGUCAGAACCGCCAUAAAUACCCGCCCCUCCCUCGCCUCCAAUCCCCACCGCCGCUCCAGAACGGAACGAACGAAAAAUCCCCAACCAAUCUCGUCGCCGACAAACCCUAGGCUCGUCGAAUCCUCCUCCCCCACCGCCUCAAGAUGCAGAUCUUUGUGAAGACAUUGACUGGCAAGACCAUCACCCUUGAGGUGGAGUCGUCUGACACAAUCGAUAAUGUCAAGGCCAAGAUCCAGGACAAGGAGGGCAUCCCUCCGGACCAGCAGCGCCUCAUCUUCGCUGGCAAGCAGCUCGAGGAUGGCAGGACCCUUGCUGACUACAACAUCCAGAAGGAGUCCACCCUUCACCUUGUCCUCCGCCUUAGGGGAGGCAUGCAGAUCUUCGUCAAGACCCUCACCGGCAAGACCAUCACACUUGAGGUGGAAUCCUCUGACACCAUCGACAACGUCAAGGCCAAGAUCCAGGACAAGGAGGGGAUCCCACCGGACCAGCAGCGCCUGAUCUUUGCCGGCAAGCAGCUGGAGGAUGGCCGCACCCUUGCGGAUUACAACAUCCAGAAGGAGUCCACCCUUCACCUGGUGCUCCGCCUCCGUGGUGGUCAGUAAUUGCCCUGACGUUGGACCUGCUGCUGUUAGUCAUGUGUCUUGUUCGUAUUAAGUCUACUGUAUCUGGUUUGAUGGACCAUCGAGUCCCCAUGAUGUGUGAAACAGUUAUCUGGUAUGGUUUGGUAUCAAUAAGUUUGAA